GAAAAGUUAUAGGAAAAAAAAAAAAAGGAAGAAGGAUUGAAACGGGGUGUCGUUGAUAUUCAUCAUUCAUCAUCUUCACUCUUCAGGAAGUAACUUCCCUAUCUGCUCUCUCUUACCUUGCCUUCCACAACAUGGCGGUCGCACCUUACACGACCGGUUCUGCACUUCGUGUUUCUCCUCCUCCAACUCCUAGUUUUGCCACUAAACUCUAUUCCGGAUUGAAACUUCAAUCUGCGAGUCCAUUUGGAGCGGCAAAACCUAACCUAACCGCUGAAUUUUAUGGAAAAGUUCACAAGACUCUUUGCCGGUAUGCUAACCACAAUCCAUCAAGGGCACAGAUUCGAAUGAUGCCCAUAGGGACACCUAAAGUCCCCUAUUUGACGCCUGGUGAAGGAACUUGGCAAUGGGUUGAUUUAUGGAAUGCCCUUUAUCGAGAACGUAUUAUCUUCAUUGGACAAGAGAUAAAUGAAGAAUUUAGUAAUCAAAUAUUGGCAACUAUGCUGUACCUUGACAGUAUAGAUAACUCUAAGAAGCUUUAUAUGUUCAUCAAUGGUCCUGGUGGUGAUGUUACACCAAGCUUGGCUAUUUAUGACACCAUGCAGAGCUUGCAGAGUCCUGUAGCCACCCACUGUGUUGGCUUUGCUUAUAAUCUUGCAACAUUUAUCCUUGCAGCUGGAGAAAAGGGCAAUCGUUUUUCAAUGCCUCUGGCAAGAAUUGCUCUUCAAUCUCCAGCAGGAGCUGCUCGUGGCCAGGCUGAUGACAUUCGUAAUGAAGCAAAUGAACUUCUCAGAAUCAGAGAUUACCUUUUCAAUGAGUUGUCAAAGAAAACAGGCCAGCCUGUUGAGACGAUUGCCCAAGACCUGAGCAGGAUGAAACGCUUCAGCGCACAAGAGGCUCUUGAAUAUGGCCUCAUUGAUCGUGUAGUCAGGCCACCCCGUAUCAAGGCUGAUGCACCUCGCCAGGAUGCGGGCACGGGUCUUGGUUAAGAAUUCAUGCAGUAACAUAGGUAGCUGAAGUAGUUGCGGAACUCUACAACUCCCUCUUCUCUUGCAGCCCUAUCUCGUCGCAGCACAUAAAAUAUAACCAUUAUCAUCUACUCGUAAAUCAGAUUUGUAAGCGAUUGCCGGACAGAAGCAGAGAUUCCAUAAGAAUCAUUUAAUCGAGUCGAGAAUUUCAAUAUGAAAGAAUGAUUUCAUUAAGAACUUCUUAACUGUUCCUGGAGCCAAGAAUUGAGUGUUUUGUAUCAUUGAAUGUACUAGUAACAAUUUUUAAUAUUUUUUUAC